AUGGCAUCUUUGGCUUGCUGGACCUGCCGACUGCGAAGAAAACGAUGCGAUCGUACUCAGCCGAUAUGUAAGACUUGCUCCAAUCUGGGCAUUAGCUGCUGCUACAGUAAAGAACGUCCAAAGUGGAUGGACGGGGCCGAAAAGCAGCUGGCAAAAACACAAGCGAUCAAGGCUCAAGUAAAGCAAGGAGUUGCAGCUCGGCGGGGAGGCGGUGAAGCUGCGAUUCGAGUUUUCUCGCUUCACCAGCAAGCUGAACCGUCGCCAACUGCGGCGCCAGAAAUAUCACCUACCAGCUCCUCAAGCCCAUCUCAGACAAGCGGAAUCUCAUCUGCUCACGCUGCGGAUGGAUCUGCUGCGGAGGAAACAGAAAACUUUCUCAUCACUUUGUAUCUUGAUACAGUCUUCCCGCUGUUAUUCCCUCAAUACAAGCCCACCUCACUGUCUGGCGGGCGAAGCUGGAUAUCUGCGCUAUUGAAAACGAAUAAGGCAGUAUAUCACAGUGCUCUUAGCACUAGUGCAUAUUACUUUACCCUUAUGCUAGCUAAAGAUGCCACCCAUACUCUUCGUACUCCAUGUGAGCAGCAUGUGUGGGAUACCCUCGACACACACAUGGAGAUGUCCAUAAAGGCCAUUAAGCAUAUGAAUCAAUAUCACUUACAAGGCCCUUGUUCGGAUAUACUCUCCAAACUCCAUGUUCUCGCAGGUGUUGUUCAGUACUUGAUCUUUGCAACCGCGAUGCCUCAGGGAGCAGAUUGGAAGAUUCAUUUGUCAGCCGCGUUGACAUUGUUGAAUGAGAUACUCCAAUCGCAUGGGACAAGUAAUGGUAUAUGUUCUCUGGAGAAUGUCAUACAAUCGAUGGAUAAGCCAUCAAUAUUCGUUGGUAUAGACUUGGGUUUCCGCGUUUGGAACAGCGACCAAGCCGCCUUUCAAUUUUACGCUUCGUUCCUUUUAUACGCAGACAUCAUUGCUAGUAUCCAACUAGGACGGCCCUUGCAGCUACGAUGUCAUCAUCAGGCCCUAAUAGCCAGUCCUGAAGUAACUAUAGCUUCGGACGGUAGUUCUCAGCCACUACCAGGAUUGGAGACCUAUAUCGGAUGCCAUGGUUGGGUUCUUACUGCUCUUAGUGAGAUUUUCGAGCUGGAAGCUGACAAACGCUCUUUUCAGUCCAAAGAAAAGUAUUUUUCCCAAGAGCUAAUGAGAAAGGGCCGUGUUCUCAAGAGAAAACUUCAACUAGUCUCCAUGAGAUCUGACGACCAAAACAGAAAACUUCAACCACAGAAGGUUGUUCUCAUAACAAAAAUAUGGCUACACGCUGCGAUAGUAUAUAUAUCGGUAGUCUUAGAUGGUUGGCAGCCUCAUAGCCUUUACAUUCACGAGAAUGUAAGUUCAAUAUUGGGUAUUUUGGACAUUUUCUCAUCAGAACUUUCAAUACGCAGCGUCAUGUUCCCUUUCUGUAUUGCAGGAUUCUUGGCAAAACGAGAACAAGAGCGCACGUUUAGGCGUUUCUUUUCUACUUUGGAAUCGUUACAAGCUCUGGGGCCAGCAAAACGUGCUCUCCGAUUGAUAGAACAAGUCUGGCGGCUCCGAGAGGGGUUGGAUGAGGGCUCAUGGGGAUUGUAUGACUGUUUUCAAGCAAUGGGAUCUGAUGUAUUACUCAUCUGA